AUGAACGAAAUAUCGUUACUUUAUCCGUCAUGUAUACCGGUUGAUUCAUCGUUGAAGUUAAUUGAUGACGAUGAAACGGCUUCGGUUUCAUCUGGUGUUUCGCCUGCACCAUCGGCACAAGAUUCAAAGUCACCAACAGACAAUCAUGUGAAGCGUCCUAUGAACGCGUUUAUGGUGUGGAGCAGAGGGCAGCGACGAAAAAUGGCACAGGACAAUCCAAAGAUGCAUAACUCGGAAAUCAGCAAGAGACUUGGAGCCGAAUGGAAACAGCUAUCAGACAAGGACAAACGCCCAUUCAUCGACGAAGCAAAGAGGUUGCGUUCAAUUCAUAUGAAGGAGCAUCCAGACUACAAGUACCGUCCAAGGCGCAAACCGAAGUCAGUAAUGAAGACGGGACCAAGUCGACUACCGUUGGGCAUUUCUCUUCCUCCGUUCGCAACACAGGCACUAUUUGCUGCCAAUUACAGUCAUCUGGAGGGUGUCAAGGCUCCCGACUUCACUAAUUAUUACUCGUCAUUCUUUCCUAAUACUGUGCUACCUGCGUCCUACUCACCGUACGACGUGAUGGCUGCAUACGCUCGACAAGCAGCAGCAGUCGCAGCUGCGUCCCAGGCACCCCGCCCAACGGCCAACUCACUGUCGCAGACCUGA